CGUCAUUGAACUACUGUCUUCAAACCGGAGCAGAAGGGAAUUUGUUAAAUUAUAUUCAAUAUUUUGCAUUUGUUACCGAUAAAAAGGAAAAGCUAGUUUUAGUUAGUGUAAAACUGAUACGUGAAAGUGUAACUGAAACACUUGCAUUGAAUAGGCGAAUUGAUAAAGAUUUCAAGCGUAAAAAAGUGGGCGAGGUAGCAUUACAUUCUUUAAGCGGCAGUACCGAAGAACAAAUGCAAUCAUGACCGCUCGUAGGAAAUUAAGAAAACUGCAACCGAAGGAUGUCAAAGAUUCCAAACUAAUAAAACGGACGCCACCAUCCAUCAAAAAAUCGUUGAAUAAUGGGGCUGUUAAAUCAUCCAAAAAUAUGGCAACAGACUCUCGUCCUCGAGCAGGAAGUAAACGGAAGGCCGAAGUUCCUAAUGAUGAUGAAGUUCAUAACGGCAGGCGAUAUUCGAAAAGGCAAAGAGUCAUAAUCAAUAAUACUCAAAAUUUGAAGCCCAACAAAAAUGAAGUAGUGAAAGUAUCUGUGAGGAAGACACCAAAAGUUAAACCACCGAUUGAAAAUCAUUCGCCGAAAAUAAGGAAACAGAGGGCAGGACCAGGAAGCAAGUUGAAAGUCUCACAUGACUCAACAAAAAAGACUUUGAAAUCAAACAAACCGACUGCGUCGAGGCUAAAGCGGAACUUAGUCGCUAAAAAAUUGGUAACCCCUCCUCUACGGGAAAAGAAAAAGCCAACAACAAAAACUGCGAAAAAAGCAACGAAAGCCACCAGUCUACCCAAGAAGAAGAAGCUGGGAAAAAAUGCAUUGGUGCCGAGGGAUUUCAUAACUGAAUACGAGAAUGAUCCAACAUUCGAGACACGUGAAUCAAUUCCACACGUGUCCACAGUAGCCCAUUCUCGGCUAUUGAUUCGAGCUAUCAUCCUAAACGAUACGAAAUUGUUGAAAUCUUUGAUCAGCGACAAAAAGUCAAUUUGUUCGUUCACAAUCCCACGCAGUUUAAGCAUAAAUCGGGACGCAUUAAGCUACGCUAUAGAGAAGCAGAACAUAGAGGCCAUCAAAAUCCUCUUAGAUAAAAAGCUAUCGAAAGACUUGGCAUCGUUUCCCGAUGUUAUAAUUGCGGAUGAAACUACAGGUCAUAAUUCGACUAUGAUGUUGGGUCACGCCUUACGCAAAGUGUGUGUCGGCCGAGGAGGUAAAGAAGGCAAUAAUGCUCUGCUAAAGGACAUUUAUAACUACAAUCAAACACAAUCAAAUUACAUAACAAAUGAAAUGGCGAGGGAAUCUCUUGCUUUCGGACCCACCAAAUCUUUCAUACAAAAGUUGAGUGAAUCAUUUCCCGAACAACAGUCGAGCAUUUACGGUAACUAUUUAUGUGGUAUCAUACAUGCAAUACGUGCCGGCCACAAUCAAUUGGCCGGUCAACUGGUUGAAGAAGCUCUCAAUAAAGGUGGAUAUGGUUUCAAUAAUCUGCACAAGGAAGUUCUACUCAACACCAAUCAACCACUGACUCCAUUCAAAUCGGUAUCCGUUAUCAAGAAAGUGCUCUACAACGAUCGAGUUACACCAUUGCAUUGUGCAGCAGUCAAUCCUAAUGCGGAUUACUUAAACGCACUGUUGAAUUCUCGCCCCGACUACAGUAUUCUCGACACGCAAAACUGGUCGGUUAUCCAUUAUGCUGCCGUUUGUACUGGAACCGGCCCGCUAAAAUUGCUGCUAGCUCGUGGAAUUUCCACCUCACAAGUGAACAGAAACGGAGACACUCCACUGCAUUUAGCCUCCACUCUUGGUCGAACCGAAAAUGUGAAACUCAUUCUACAGAACGAGGAGAAAGAGCAAGAAAAUGAUGACUUUGAAGACGUGGUCCCGAAAGACAUCUCCGGAUCCUUACUGAAACGAGCCAAUAAAGUGGGACAAACACCGUUACAUCGUGCGGCUGAAGCAGGGCAUAGUGACAUUGUAUCGAUUCUACUGGCGGCCGGUGCUGAUCCCAGCAAAUUUACUCCGGCUAGAUACGAUAAACUAACUCCAUUCAUGCUUGCCGCACGACAGGGACACGUAAAUGUUUUGAAAACGUUCGUGGCGCAUGGAUACAUGAAAGUCAACGCCGUUGAUCACAAGGGACGAUCCGCUUUAGCUCAUGCUAUAAUCAACGGACAGGCGCAUGUUGUGUCGUAUCUGUUGCGAAUCGGUGCGAACAAUUUGAACAAAGACACUUCCGGUAACACUUUAGUGCAUUAUGCAGCUGCCUACGGCUGGUACUUUUGCCUUAAAUUACUUCUGGAAAGUGGAUGUCCUGUGAAUGAACCAAAUGAUUGGAAAAUGACACCGCUAGCCAUCAGUUUUAUGAAAGGCCACAUGGGUCUGGUGGAAUAUAUUUUGAAGCAGCAAGGCGCUGACAUCGAUUCCAGGGUAAAUGAUAAUACAGGUUUCACAUUGUUACUGCAAGCCGUCUGCUCGAAACCUUCCAAGGAAUAUUUGUCCAGACUCAACUUUUUGCUAGUGGAUCAAAAGGCGAACUGUAACGCCGUCGAUUUUGAAGGAAAUAAUGCGUUCCAUUAUCUGGUAAUAACAGAACACCGUGAAAUGCCGAAAGUGGCCAACUACAAGAGCAGUGAGAGCCAGAAAAUAAUAUUCCAGGCCACAAAGUUGUUGUGGAACCAUCAGUGCAAUCCCUACGCAAGAAACUCGAGUCAAGAGACAGCCAUAUCCCUAGCUGUGCAGUACGGUUGUUUUUCAAUGCUGAACCAUAUGUAUGAUCUCUCGUCCGUCCUUCCAGAAGAGCCGAACACCGAAGGAGACAAUUUGUUGCACCUGAUGGUAAAUCAAGCCCACAGUGAGGAUUUAAUUGAAUUUUGCAAGAGAUUGGCAAGAGAUACAUCGAAGAUGGAUAUGCUCAAAAGGAUGGCUGUUGCUUACAACAUGAGUGGAUACACACCACUGCUAUGGCUUCUACAUCGGGUCACUCAAAAUCAUUCAGCUACGAAUAUUGUCGACUUUAUCGGAUUCCUUGUUCACAUGCUCGAUUCGGAUGUGGCAGCUGUUGAUCUAGAAGAAAAGUCGGGACAAUCUGUACUACAUCUGGCAACGAGUGUUAGUUAUGCGGAAGAAGCAUUGAAAGUAAUUCUAAUGAAGAGAGUGCAGCUGGAAGUAGUGAAUUAUAAUCUACAGACCCCGCUAACCUAUGCCAUUGUGAAAGGUAAUGAAAUGGCCGCUGCAGUUUUACUAAAUCAUGGAGCUGAUGUAAAUGUUAGGAUGCCGAAGAUGAACUCACUGUUGCUACUGCACACUGUCAGUCAGAAUAAAUCUUUUCAUCUCGUCCCACUGAUGAUAGACAGGGGAGCAAAUAUCCAUGAGGUCAACAAACACACCAGAAACUCAGUGUUGCACUAUGUGUGCAGAAAACCACAUCUUCCGUUUGCUGUCGAAAGUCUACGCAAGUUGGUUGAGAAGAAUAUUGAUCUGGACGCUGUGAAUAAGGACGGGCGCACCGCAUUGCAUUUAGCUGUGAAUUUUCGAGCAGGAGAGACUGAUGCCAGCUAUGACAUAGAAGACCUUCUCAUCGAAUCCAAGGCGAAAUUGAAUGUUCGUGACAAUCGGGGAAGGAUACCAUUGCACAUGGCAUUCGUGAAAAUUGGAAAGUAUUCGGACGCUUCCUUCAUGGAUCCGAUUGAACUUGUUACAACAUUGGUUCGAGCCAUGAAGCAAACGUUACCGAACUUUUCUGAUGAAAUUCGAGCAGCCGAUGAAUUCGGCAUGACACCCUUGCAUUAUGCGGCCUAUCGAGGUGCAACCAUUUCCUGUUCAUAUCUCCUAAUGGAGAUGCAAGACAGUAUCGACAUUUUCGAUAGAAAUGGCAACACUCCAUUCGGUCUUGCCGUUCUGAAUGGUCACGAGGGCUGUGCUCUGCAAUUUCAACAGAAGGGAGCCAAUUUCAUCAAUAACUUGAAUACGAACCUAAAGCAAUGCACCCUCAACGAAGGUAGUGACCCUAACGAUGAAUGGGUGUGGAUAAUUGAUCGGAAGAGGAAGGAAGAAAAUGAUCGGAAGAAAUUGGAAGUUGAAAACUAUCCGAUUUUGCAAGAAGUUGUCAGCAAAGACUGGCAAGGCAUACUGCAUCUAAUGUUGGAGAAACUAAAUAAUUCGGGAGCCGGGGCUACUUUCCCAAUUGCAGCAGCAAUUAAGACAAACCGACUGAAAUUGGCCAGAAAAUUAGCAAUGCGAGCCCGUCCAACAGAACUACAAGUGAACGACGAUGGAGAAACACUUCUCCACACUCUGGCUAAAAAUGUUGCAAGCACCGACGACUUUAACAAUCGCACCUUAAGCGAACAAAUUGUGAAUGCCCUCAUUGCUAAAGGAACUUCUCCCGACGCCCAGGACAAAAACCAAUCCACAGCUCUGUUAUGCGCAGCAGCCAAGAGGAACUUAAUUGUCUGCAAUUUGUUGGGUCAACUAUCAAUCAACCGAAAUGACUUAUCAGCCUUAACGCAAACCGAUUCAUUUGGUCGAAACGCGUUCACAGCGCUGUUUUGGAAUAUCGAUGGCAGAACGGAAUUCUCUGCCGGAUUGCGAAUGUGGGCUGAAGGUCUUCUGGAGCAAGGAGUGAACGGUAAUGCUCUGUGUCGAUAUCCAAUUGUCUAUCCCGUUGUCUUCCCUGGAGUGAGAUUUUUGCAUUGUGAGACAAAUGGAAGUGGCUCUAGUUACACACCUCUGAUGAUGGCUGUGAUAGCAGGCAAUUAUACGAUUGUUGAAUGGUUGCUAACGAUGGUAAAUACACGGUUUAUUGAUGUAAACUACCAGGAUGCUGAUGGUCAGACGGCUCUAGUGCAUGCAGUGAAAAUGAAUGACGUAAAAAUGGUCCGACUUCUUAUCAAUCCGAACGAAGGUCGUCGAAUCAAAGAAUCUUCCGCUCAUAAAGGUCGCCUUAUUUUCAAUUUAUCGGACAAGAAAGGAUGGACAGUGUUCGAUCAUCUAGUAGCCGUUCACGAUGGCAACAACUUCCAUUAUGCCAAUACUGACGAGCUAGUAAACGUUUUGUAUGCUGCCGGCGCUAGCUUUAACGAAAAAUCUAGGGAUGGUGUCAGUCCGCUUGAAAGAGCGAAAACAAUGAAACGAUUUCAUCUGGUGAAAUGCAUGGAGGAAUUACUGAAAGUGUCGCCAGCCAAACGAACAACAUUUAUUGCACACGAGAAUGGUGAGAUUGCCGGAUCGAACAGAAACGUGCCAUGCUUCGCGGCCAUCACUGACUAUGAACGAGACUGUCAAAUGGAAAUGGACAAUAUUAUGGAAGUGGAAGAUGAAAGUGACGAUGAUGACUGCAUCGAGCCAGAUGAUCGUCUAACCGAUAACAAUAAAAAUUUCAAAGUUAUGCUCGAUGAGGACCAGCAUGUCCCUUACAGUUGUUGCUUAACAAAAGUGGACAUUUCGUAUGGCAUCUACGGCCUGUACAACUUUUAUAAAAUGCAACUGGUCAAGGAGGACAGAGGAAAAGAGUUAAUCGUUUUGUUCACUUGUUGGGGCAGAGUUGGCGAUGAAGGUCAAUAUCAACGAACACCAUUCCCGUCUGUAGAACAGGCCGUCAAGGAGUUCAAAAAAAUAUUCCAGGCUAAAACGGGCAAUGCAUGGGACACUUUGAAUGAGUUCACUCCAAAGCCCAACCGAUAUCGACUAGUAGAGAUGCAAACGAAGAGAACUAAGUGGCCGGCCCAUGUCAAGGUUGAUUUUGAUAAAUUCCAACGGACGAAUAACGUAAAGACGACAACUUUACCACUGUCAUUGGUGAAGCUGAUCGAAAAUCUGGUCAUGGCUCACAAGGUCGAUGUUAAAUUCGCUGAUUUCGACGAGGAAUUUCACAAUAACAUGCUCGGAAGGGUUUCUUUUGAAACGCUGAAAAAAGGAUCGGAUCUUCUGGAAAGAAUUGAGGAAUUGAUCAGAAAGAGAGAUGAAUUGAAACAGAAGCACGACUACUCCGUGCUCAACGAAGCUAAUUUCAUGGAAUCCGUUUUGAAACCUUGCGAGGAGUUUUACAGUUUGAUCCCUGUGUACGGUUUCGCCACAGAAAAACUGAAACCGAUGUUCACAAUGGACGAGCUAAGAGAGAAGCAAAAGGCGAUUAGUAAGCUAACUCACCUGGAAUUUGCUAUGAAACUUAUUUUGGCGGCACAGUACAAUCUGAACACAGUGAAUCCAUUCGAAUACGUGUUUUGCUGCUUGAACACAAAAAUUGAUGCUCUCGUCCAAGACGACCAAGAAGCCCAACUCAUUCUGCAGUAUAUUCGUAACACGUCCACCCAUCCAUCACAAUACAAUUCAAGUUCAGCGAAAGUGCGUCGGAUUUUCCGGUUGGAAAGAUCAGGUGAAGCAGACCGAUUGAGAGAUAGUGGAAUCGGAAACAGGCAUUUACUGUGGCACGGUACUAGCGCAGUAAAUUUGCUGUCCAUUCUGCAUCGAGGAUUGAAGGUGACACCUCUGGAAGCGAAUUUAAGUGGAUACUUGUUCGGAAAGGGAAUUUAUUUCGCUGACAUGUUCAUGAAAAGCCAGAAAUAUUCGCACGGUUCGAAUCCGAAAUUCAUGUUCCUUUGUGAAGUUGCUCUUGGAAGCAGUCAUCCCGUUAAGUUACAGCAUUGGAAUAUCGUCGACACGUCACCUCUACCAGCCAAUUGUCACAGUUUGAAAACUGUUGACUCUAAAUGGGAACCAGAUCCUUCUACAACUGUGAUAUACAAAGGUCAAACGAUGCCUCUCGGCCGUCCAGUGGAAACUGUUUUGCCAGCGAAUGAGUACCAUGGACUGGAUCAUAAUGAAUUCGUUGUUUUUAGAGAAGAUCAAGUUCAGUUGCGCUAUCUGGUGCAAUAUGACGAUUAAAUUGGUUUGAAAAUGUUACGUUGAAGGUCGAAGAAAGUCAAUUUUUUUAAUAAAGAAUCUUGGUCGUCAGUGACUGCGAGGACAGAGAAA